AUGGCGCCAAGGACAUGGGUCUCGUUGUUCCUCCUAACAUUGGCUCUUGCCGUCUUAGCUGCGGAUAUGAAGGCGUUUAGGGCAUGUUUGGAGGUCUGCAAUCAACGCUAUAAGCAAUGCCUUAAAAAGACAGAGGGUAUGUGGAGAGAUUUCCACAAAAACGUGAACAACAUUACGAGGAUUGCAAACAGAUGCUGCCUCUAUCGUGCCAACUCUAGGCGAGCUACGGAGAUGGAUAGCCUAGGCGCCUGUGCUAGGGUUCGUUGCAAUGCCGCACUUUGGGGUUGCGAAAUAAGAAAACGACACGAGGGUGAAAUAUCCCAAUCGGAGAGGGAGCAUCUUGCUCAGGAGGAGGAGGAGCAUGGUGGUCGCUCAUACUAA